GUAUACGGGGAAAACAAUUCAUCCCCAGACCUAUGAUUUUAGCUCUAAAGCUCUGGGUUGACUCCAGGUUGUGAUAAAGGAAUACCGGGACAAAAUGUUGGUUUACGAGGAUAAAUCUAUUCCGGAUUAUCUAAACCUACCCAACACCAGUCCUCAUACACCACUAGCAGCGGAGGCUCGAAUCUGCAUAGUAAAUCUGGGAGGCUCAUGGCGGCCAGGGGUUACCCCCCUUCUCACAGACAGGAUACUCUUCGAAUCCGACCCAGUCAUCCUUGAUCUGAAAAACACAACUAGGACCCCAUUAACUCAUGAGCAGAUUAUUGAGGAGCAGAAUUUAGCCGAGUUUUCUAAUGUUAGUCAUACAGCUGUUUAUCUACUGGAUAAACUCAGUAAAUUAGAGCUGAAGUUAUCCCGGCAGUUUCAAGAUAAACUCCUGUAUCUAGGAUUUAAAAUGUACAUUUGUUUAGAGCUGAAGUUAUCCCGGCAGUUUCAAGAUAAACUCCUGGAUCUAGGAUUUGAAAUGUAUAUUUGUUUAGAGCUGAAGUUAUCCCGGCAGUUUCAAGAUAAACUCCUGGAUCUAGGAUUUGAAAUGUUUUCUAACCCUGACUUCUCAAAAUCGGUUUUAGUAGAGGGAUGUGGUAGUGAUUUGUCAGGAUCUGAUCUGUUCAACCUAACACCUAUGCAAGAUUUUGGAGAUAAAGAGUCCUGCAAUGCCAUGUAUCUAGUUGGAGGAGCGUCGGUUGAACCCUUCGCUGCAUACUUUGCUCGAAACUUGCUCCUGACCCCGGCAGUGUUACCCUUGAACUUGUUUUCUAUUGGCAGAAAAUACAAUCCUGUUCACAAAUUAAAUACCAGAAGUUUGCUCGAGCAACAGCAGUGUACAGCUGUACAGUUCUUCUCUGUGAGCCAGUCAGAGGAGAAUAUGAACUUAGAACUUGAAAAUAUGAAGGAGCUGCUAAUGGAUCUGUUGGUUGGGUUUGGUCAGCUCCGGAUACUGGAGAAUAGUGGAGAAGGGUUGCAAAGAAGAGAAGGAAGAAGAUUUAGUUUCCAGCUUCUACUUCCGGUCUCACACCAGUAUAUUGAGAUUGGCAAUAUAUCUGUUGAGAAUGAUUACUACAGUAAAAGAUUGAUGAUAAAACAGAAGGUUGGAGACUCUUUCAGGAAUGUGUGGACCCUGAGUGGAACAGUGGCGAAUAUAACAAAACUUUUAACAAUUUUACUAGAAACAGAUUCUCAUUUGAUUAAUGAGAAAAACUAAGUAUUCAGACAAUCAUCUUGGGUUGUCUUUAUAAAAUGUUUAUUAUUGAUAAUUUUGAUAAUUUUAUUCAUAAUAAAUGCUUUUUAAUCUUA